GUUGUCCUCAAGCCGCUGCGUUUACAACGACCUCUCUUCUCUCUGCUUCUUCCUCAGAGUGGGCCGUGGCCUCCACCAUGGACUUGAAGGAGGAGACUGAGCAGUUCGACGUUCUCGUAGCCUUGCUGGUCAAAGCGCUCCAGGAUGCCAAUGCUUCAGACGCAACGGUCCUGGACCAGACUCUUUCCCUCGAAGAUCCUUUCACUGUUUGCCUGGAAGCUUUCGUGGCACAGCGCUUCCUGGAGAAGACAGGCAUGCCACCCUACUACGUCUACGACUUCAAGCUGCAAGCGUUGGACUGUUUCGCUCAUGGGGGGGCCUAUGCCACGGUGGAGACAGGCUUAAAGUCGUGGCUCGCUUCGCCGAGGAAUGGCGUGCAAGAAGAGGAGGCAGUCAAGCAGGAGCUCAAGAAAAUGGGCUUGGAUGCAAUGAGUUUUUUGGAAGUCUUUGGCGUCUGUGUGCCCGAUCUCUGUCGGCACAACAUUACGGCCGUGGCAUGGCACUACAUGAUGGACCACCAGAUGUUUCGGUCCAGUUUCUGGCAGGUGCCACCUGUGCCCAGUCGGGCGCGUAUUCGCCGGUUUUUCAGAAACCGGACGUUUUUUGCGCCGGAUGCCUGA